GUGCUUGUGGCUAAAAUAAUUAUUAGGAUUAGCUUAAUGUAUUUUUACAUUUUCCGUAGUAUUGUCGAUGGGUUUAAUAACAGAUCAAGGGGAUUCUUGGCCAGAACCUUGUGGUAUUUGGGGGGCCUUGUCGUGGAAAAGUUUGGGAACCCCUGGGCUAGGGGAUUGGGGUGUGCUCCAUAGCCCACUAUGCAAGUCACUUAUCUGAGCAGCUUAGGCAACGCUAGACCCAGCCUUACUGGAACUGACCUAUAAGGACUCCCACACACCGGUUGCUGUUUUCUGGAAUCAUGGCAAUAGCUCACGUCGCAACGGAAUAUGUAUUUUCUGACUUUUUAUUAAAGGAACCCAAUGAAUCGAAGUACAAAGGGGUGCGGCUCGAACUGGCGGUGGAUAAACUUGUCACGUUCAUUGCGGUCGGCCUCCCUUUACUGCUCAUAUCUCUCGCUUUUGCUCAAGAGGUGUCAGUCGGGACGCAGAUAAGCUGUUUUGCACCAACCAACUUUUCAUGGCGCCAGGCAUAUUAUGUAGACUCCUACUGCUGGGCGGCUGUGCAGGAUCAGCAACCAGAAAAUGGGCCCAACAGCUCACCCCUGUGGUUGCAUAAGUUCUUCCCGUACAUUUUGUUGUUGGUGGCGAUCCUCAUGUACGUUCCUGCCGUGUUCUGGCGCUUCACGGCAGCGCCACACCUCUCCUCAGACCUCAGCUUCAUCAUGGAGGAGCUGGAUCGCACCUACAACCGAGCCAUCCGAUUGGCCAAGAACUUGGCCUCCAGCCUAGAAGUACAGGAGUCUUCAGAGGAUGCUUACGGGGCUCUGGACCUGACGGAGGGCUGCUUUAAGUACCCUCUGGUAGAGCAGUACCUCAAGACCAAGCGCUUCUGCCGGGCCCUGGUGGUGAAGUACGUGCUGUGCCGGGCACUGACCCUGGCCACGCUGCUGCUGGCCUGCCUCUAUCUGGGCUACUACAUCCGCCUGGCGUCGUCCGCCCGCAGCGACGAGUUCUCCUGCGACAUCCGCUCGGGCGUGCUGCGCCAGCGGGAUGCCAACGACACACCGCUGCCUGCUGCCGUGCAGUGCAAGCUGGUGGCCGUGGGCGUGUUCCGCCUCCUCAGCUACAUCAACCUGGUGGUCUACGUGCUGCUGGUGCCCGUGGUGGUGUACGCCGCCGUGGCGCCCGUGCGACAGGGGGCGCGCUUCCUGCGGCCCUACGAGAUGCUGCCCGCGUUCGGGUCACUGGAUCUUGCCACGUCUUUCUACGAUGAUCUCAGCCUCUACCUGCUCUUCCUGGAGGAGAACCUAAGCGAGCUCAAGUCAUACAAGUGUUUGCAGGUGUUGGAGCUGCUUCGGGAGGGAGGUGGGGAGGCGUUUGACACCAUGUGUCUCCUGCGGACGCUCGGACAGGUGAAGACGGAUGUGGUGGACGUGGUGGAUGGCAAGAAGCCCUCCGCCAGCAAGUCUCAGUCAGAGACAGGAAAUAACACACAAGAAGGCAAGGACGCCGCGCCUCGACUGAAGGAGGACACAGAGACAAAAGGCACACCGUGUGACUGCAGCAGGGAUGUACGUCAGAGGCUAGUCUGAGUAGAAGAGUCUGAAUACAUGUCUGUCUGAAUGCAUGGACCUGUCUGAAUUUAGGUGACUCUGUGUGUAUGGUGUAUGUGAGGGACAGAGUUGAAGAGAAGGCUAUAUGUGCUGGGUCUUUUGUUACUCUUUACAGUUUGCUGACACUAAUGAUGCUGCAGUCAGUGUUUGGAUUGAAGGAAAGGAACAGGAACAGAGAGAGCAUGUGUGCCAAUGUUUACAAUGAAUUACAAUGAAUUCUGAUUCUGAUUCUGGAAUUAGUCGAUGUGCACUGUUUAGGUUUACUGUAAGAGUUCCCUGCUACACUUGACGACGACAAUGAUAAUGAUAAGGAGGAGAGAGAGAGAGAGAGAGAGAGUGUGUGUGUGUGUGUGUGUGUGUGUGUGUGUGUGUGUGUGUGUGUGUGUGUGAAGGAGAGAGACAGGAAGAUAGGGUGAGAGAGAGGAGGAGAGAUUGUCUGUUUGUUCAGAGGCAUCGUUUAAUAAUGUCAAAUGAAAAACAAAAUGUGAGCACUAGUGAAGGCUGUUUUAGGAUGUGUGAUGCCUGUAUUUAUAUUUUACGAUUGGCUGUAAGAAUUACCUCAGGUACAGGAUAGUGUACCCGCUGCAAUAUAUUGUAUUUUUAGGAUGUUUUUAUUUCUGGUGUGUAAGUAUUUCCAUGUUAGUGUUUUAAAGUAUCUUUUUUACUUGAAUUUCUAUUUAAAUUACCGGUGAUUGUUUAUUUAGUAUAAGGGUAUCAGGUGGAUUGUUCAUGAAUAUGAAGACAUCCCUUUCUAUCAUCGCUCAAAUAUUCUUUUUCAAACAUUUUUGCAUAUUAUUUUAAUCUUGAAAGUAGCAUCACAAAGACGCAAAGACAUUAGAUGAAUAUGGAAAAAAUGUCAUUACAAUGUAGCAGUUCAAAGAAAGUGAUAGUCCAGCAAUUUAAAGGGUUUGGAAUGCUUUGAAUAUGUAUUAAGAAUCUUUUUUGCAUGGGGCGGUGGUAGUGUAGUGGUUAAGGAGCUGGGCUAGCAUGCAGUAGCCUGAAAGAUUUGGGUUUCAUUCCUGGCAUCCACCGCUGUGUCCUUGAGCAAGGCACUUAACCCCAAGUUGCUCUGGGGACAGUGUAAUCCCUGGUAAUAUAGUUGACAUAUGUAAGUCACUUUGGACAACAAUGUCUGCCAAAUGAACAAAUGUAAAUGUACUGGCGCCAGAGAGGGUUGAAGUGGAGCAGUAAUCAAGGUUCUUUGCUUGCAUUCUGUUUUCCCAACAUUCUGUCCAGUGCUUAAACUAUAUGGUAUGCAUGCUGGAAACUAACAAUUGAUGUAAUUGAUCUAUUUCCUGGGAAAUAUAGCUACUUAUCUGAAGGCAGAUGUUGUAAAGACAUACAGUAUCUGAUUAUUAUGCGUCAUGAAUAACUAAGUGAGACACAUGAAGUCAUUGAUUUGAUGCUCUCAUGUUUGGCAAAUAUAUGCACUUGUCCCUUACACUAACAUUAUAAUCACUAACAAUGAAAUAAACUUUUUAAAAGCAA